UGGGUGAACGGAAGAGUCAGACUAGAGGAAUGGCGAGGUAACCCUCAGACCAAAGCAGACGGAAGAGGCGUAUGAAGUUGGGGUUGGGAAGUCGAAUAUUUUGUGCUGAAGAAGCCCUUUUAUCGUCUGCAAUUGAUUUGAGUCUUUGAGCAAAAUAUAAACAAAAAGGGUAAUUGAAUUGGUCAGGAAUCCAAUUCCUAAUCGAAAGGAGGGCUUUCGUUUUUAUUUGCAUUUUAAAUAGGGUUUGAAAUUUGAAUGGAUUGGAGUUUCGUACAUAAGACAUGGGAGAAGUGGGCUUCUGCAAAUGUCGGCGGGACUUCUUCUUCUCCUCCUUCUUCUUCUUCUUCCUCGGAGCCAUUGAAAUGCGCAUUUCUUCUCAACUACGACCCAUCCGGACCCUCACGCUUACUCUCCACCAUUGCGGAACGAGAAGGGAAUGUGAAUGGGAACGGGAAUGGGAUUGAAUUUGCCCAAUUUAUCGACUUCAUCAAACGUCACAAAUUUCAAACUGACACCUUCAUCAUCGCCUCUAACCAAUAUGUGGUGACAUCAAUCCAUGAGAACUGGUUGAGUGCAAGGUGCAUCAACACGUCAAAGCCUGCAGGUGAAGGUGCCGUCAUCAUCCUCACUUGUUCCUUUAUCUUGCUCGCUCUGUAUGAUGGUUCUAUCGGCUCGGCAUCUCGUGCUAUGAUGGCUGCUGAUCAACUCGCCUCGCAAUUAGGCUAAAGAAAUUUGUAAUGAGAUGUUUGUUUUAAG